AUGGCUGCAACGAGAUGCCAACUCCGCUGGGCACUUAGGUUAACAGCCUUUGCAGUUUUUCUCCUCUUAUUCUAUGUUCGGCAAUUUCUCAUCGACAAUUUGUGGCCGGCGAAGCCGGCGCCGGAAGAAUGCUUGUGCGGUGGAGAAAAUGUGAGUUCAAUUUAUCACGCAUGCCAAAAAUUUACUCAAAAAAUAUUUUUACAAAAACUAAUUUUAGUUCUGCUUCAAAGGAGUGGACGAUGACGGCAGAAUUGUUUUCGGCAAGAAAUUCCCUUGCACGGAGGAGAACUUGAGGAACCUGAAAAAGUUGAGUCUGCUGCAAGAGGACAUUGAUUCAACCGAGGAAUUUCAACAUUUGAUCGGGCAUGGUUGGCAACCCACCAUCAUUACAUAUGGGACGGAGAAAACGUUUGGAUAUCUGAAAAAGAUGGCGAUGAAUACGGCCAAGUAUUACCCGGCGGGCAGGAUUAUUGUCUACGAUUUUGGAUUCACAGAGGCGCAGGUAGGAACGCUUCUUACUCAUAGCGGAUUUUAAACGGAAAAUGAGGCAGGCACUCAAACUUUGCGGAAUUAAACGACACUUCCGCAAGCAAUGGGACGAAUUUUAUAGUUUCGUUGACCCAUAGCCGAUAAAUACAUAUUUAAAAUUUUGUCAUCAUUUCUAAAAUCGUGCUUAUCCUUUUCUUAAACCUUGCUUGCGUAUAUAACUUUGGCUAUAUCAGUUUGUUGGGAAAAUAAUGUGGAUUCGUCUUGGAAUCGCCGAUCAUCGCUUUGCAACAGCUCGCUGCAGCUGGAUAUUUAAUGCGUGACUCUGACAAGGCGGCGAGACAUUUUGCUGAGACAAGUCCACAUUAUUUUCCCGACAGACUGAAAUCACUGCCCAGCGGAACAUCUCUGCAACAAAGUCCCAGACAAUAAAACCUGUCAAUAACAAAAAUUUUCAAACCAAAAAAGCCUCCGUAAAACGAAGCCAUUGCUGCUAUUUUUUGCUUAUUCCGGACGAUCCGUUUAUUGCAUUACAUUGAAAAUGACUAUGAAGAAAUGUCCACUUCCGUAUUUUACAACUCUUGCUCUUAUAGAAAAAAGAAAUGCGUUGGUGGUGCAACUGUUACACGGCCAAUUUCACACUAUCUGAAUGGCCGGAGUCUCUGCAGCAGAUGGGAGAGCGAGCCUAUCAAUUCGUCCUCGUCGACGCCAUGGACAAGUUUGACUCCAUCAUCUAUGCCGACCCUACAACUCGAUUCAAAGUCGAGAAUGCUGGGGUUUCCAUCUCUUUGAUCGAUUAUUUAUUCAAAAUCAAAUUCUCAUUCCUCCCAACAUCCGUCCCUUUGACAAUGACAACACAAACCGUUGCCUCAAUUACUCAUCGAGGUAGAGUGCAACUUGCUUUAAUAAAUAUUUGAAUUUUUAGGGAUGUACGAGUACUUUCCAAUCCCAUAUCAGGCCACGCAGAUGACCGCAAUGUCCGGAAAGUCAAUGUUUUUGAUUGACAGCAAGUACACCCGCGAAAUGAUGAAAUGGUAGGCUAAUUUAGAAAUUUUAUGUGGAAAUAUUAUCCCUCCUGGUAGACAUAACGCUAAGAAAAUUUGAUGAACUCAUAAAAAGAAUUACAAAUUUUGAUCAACUUUUGUGCUAAAAGUCUAGGUUCUUUCUGCAAAGCGCGAGCUAGAAAUCAAGCCUUUAUGUUGUAGAAAAGUACUGUAAGUUUGCGUCAAUUUUCAUUAAAAUCUGAGCUUCGCACUUUGAGAACUUCCGCUUCAGAGAAACGGCCCUAUUUUUAGAUAGGAUGACCAAUUUAAGUGCUUUUUGAUGCUUUUAAAGCCCCAAUUUGACGAACAACACUCCCAUGUUCUACAUUUUGCAAUUCUUCAGCAAAUUCCGACCUUGCUUUUCUUCUGUUAUUUUCAUCGGCUUUAGGUGGUAUCUCUGCUCCACGACGCCCGAGUGCCUUGCGCCACAGAAUUCGACGGACGAAUGCAAGGAAAUGACCGACAAUCCGAGCAAGAACACGAAAUGCCAUCAUCACGCCGAGUCGUUCUGGAAUGUUUACGAGAUUGCUCAUCUGUUCGGGGAACAGAAGGCCGCCGUUCGCUACGGCUAUGCACCACGCUGGAGCGAGCUCACACCGGCGCUCAUCGAACGAGCCGAUAAUGUCCGAGCGGCGCUGUUAAGGAAGCUGACCAUUGAUCGGGUGGAAUAUCGGUACGAUACGAAAGAAGACGAAUUGCAUUUGCCGUGCAUGGGAGAGCGACCGUGGUUCGGCUGGUUCUUGGAGGGAAAACAGUACGAGACGGAUUAG